AUGGACACGGGGGACGCCGCGCACGCCAACACCAGCAGCAGCACCAGCAGCAGCAGCAGCAGCAGCAGCCCGAUGAGCACCAGCAGCAUGCGGUCGAGUAGCAGCAGCGGCCCUGCGCCCGCCUCGCCUCAGGCGGCGGGCAGCAGGCAGUACCCCGCGAUGGCCCUCUCGCGCCACCACCACCACCACCACCAGCAGCAGCAGCAGCAGGUGGGCGACACGGGAGGCAUCGGACAGCACCAGCACCAGCAGCAGGUGGCAGGAGCAGGAGGAGGCACGGGCGGGGCGGGCGAGGGCGGGGCCGGGUGGGUGAGCAUGGACGAGACGCGGGAGCUGUACCAGCAGCUCGUGGCCAACCUGGCCCACCAGUUCGACUACCUGGAGCACGAGCGGCUCGCCCUCCUCCGCGAACAGCACCUGCUGGAGCAAAAGAGGCACGCCUUCGAGGAGGUCAAGAAGCAGAUGAGCAGUGUGCUGCAGCUCCAGGAGAACCGCGUCAAGCUCAACGUGGGCGGCGUCAAGUUCGUGACCUCCCUCGACACCCUCCUCAUGCACCCCGAUUCCAUGCUGGGCUCCAUGUUCAGCGGCAAGUACCGCCUCGAAAAGCAUCACCCUGCUUGA